UCCUGAAACAGACUAUAUUCGAAGAGUGAAGUUGAUCUGACAAGUCACAUGACUAGGCGCCAUUUUGGAAGUCAUUUAUAGAAGAUGAGGAUUUGACAACUUGGAAUCUCAAAGUAGGAUCACAAUGGUGGAUGUGGAAGUGACAUUUGAGUAUGCAGCUGAACAGGAAGAUGAGCUCAACAUCAAAGUCGGAGACAUCAUUAAAAAUGUCACUAUGUCUGAAGGAGGCUGGUGGGAAGGGGAACUCAACGGCAAAGUUGGCAUGUUCCCAGAUAACUUUGUUAAGGUGAUAGAAAAGCCAAAGCCCACUAAGGUAAAGGAAGACCCACCUCCUGCUGUUAGGAAAGACAAACAGAGAGGGGCGUCAGUCCGUGAGCUCGCCAGUAAGAUCAAAGAUGAUGUACAUGUAGGAAUUGGAGCGCCCAAAAAGAAAGAAGCACAACCCAAUGCCAAAAGAAAAAGGGCCAAGGUGGUAUUUUCUUACGAGCCAGAAAAUGAAGAUGAACUAAAGUUAGAGGUGGGAGACAUUGUAGAUGUUUUAAAACAGGAAGAGGAAGGCUGGUGGGAAGGUAGUUUGAAUGGAAAAGUUGGCAUGUUUCCAUCUAACUUUGCGGAAGAAAUUGAAGAAACAGAUCCAGAAAGGACUCCUGAGGAGAAGCCUAAUGAAGCACCUGUUGAAGGCAAGAAGAAGCUGAUUGGAGGUAUAGGGUUAGGCAAUAUAUUUGAAGGUGGACCAAUUAAACUCAAAUCGACCAGUGUCAAGAACACAGACAAGGUUACCCACUCACCCCCUGAUCCAGUAGUCAGACGCAAAGAAGAGGAAAGUAAACCUAAUACAGUCACCAAACGUGAAAAACAUGUGGAAAGGGCUCUAGUACGCUAUUCCUACACUGCAGACAACGAUGAUGAGCUGACCCUACAGGAAGGGGAGAUAAUCACCAUCUUAGACAAGGAACUGGAAGACGCGGGAUGGUGGAAGGGUGAAGUGAACGGUCGAGUGGGUGUAUUUCCUGACAACUUUGUCGAGGAUUUACCGAUGGAAGAGUCUGACAGCAUCUCAAAGCCAUCUUCAGUGCAUCACAACAAAAUGCCUCCACAACCACGCCCAAAGAAGCCCCCACCACCAGGGUCUGCAAAGCAGGCACCCAAACUUCCAGAAAAGGCACCAGUGUCUGAUGUAGUGAAACAUGAAAAACAUGAAAAACAUGACAAGCCUCUCCCCCCAGAGCCCACCAGCUCAGACAAGGCUAAGAAAAAGGAUGAGACAGACAAACACCAUCCUCCAGCCAUAUCUAGUAAAAAGCCUAGUGUUCCGCCUCCUGUUGGAAGAAAACCCAUGCAAUCCAAACCUGCUGAACCUAAACCCCCAGUCUCUGUACAGAGGGAUGAGCCUAAAGUCAUGCAUAUUAAGGAGGAGAAAAAGGAUCACCCAGCUGACUCAUUCGAUAACAUGCAAACAUCAGACAGAUUGACUCACCUGACUGCCAGUCGAGCAAAAGGUCCAAGCAAGCGACCACCGUCACAAGUAAUGUUCCAUAAUAAGCAUAAAAACAACAUGCGUGUUUUUCAGGAGGACACAAAAAUUAAUGGGGACAUACCGUCUGUAAAGGAGGUGAAGGAGCCACCCAAGCGUCCACCACUUACACGCGAGAUGAAGGAGGAGUCACCACCUGCCAAACCUGCGCAUGCCCCCGCGAGACCACCUGACCCAAACCCAGGAAACGCCGUGCUGCUGUCUGCCAUAGAGGAACUUAAGAAGGAAAUGCGGGAGUUACGAGCGACAUGUGUUUCGAAAUCAGCAAUGGAAGAUCUGCGAAGUGAAAAUGAAAAGUUACGAAUGGAAGUUGAGCAGAUUAGAAGUAAACAAUCACGACAGAUAAAAGACUUGAUGGCAGAGGUUGACGAGGAGAAGAAGAUACGACUUAACACACAAGUAGAGAUUGAACGAAUCCGCAAACUUCUCACGGAAUCACAUGUGUGAUUAUGUCUUGUGUUCUAUUUACAUUCUCAGGAGUAUGUUAGGACGGGUGUGUGCAGGUCAGUCAUCGCAGUGCUACACCGCAAGUCUUACCCGACUGAAUUCUGUACAUUAAUACAUAUUGAUAUUAUGUACAGGGUGAACAUUCUGAUUGUGGUGCCUCUUAUAGAGUAGGAAAGAAGUUCUUCAUGAAUCGGUUCAAUAUCAUUGGAAAUACAUCGAGGCUGACCUGUAUGCAAAUGUUGGAUACUCAUCUAGAACUGUAAAGUUAGUCAUGUGGUCUGUGAGAAGCGUAGUGAGAGUAAGUGUGAGUCCAUGUGUGAUAGAAGAGAGACACGGGGUAGUCUGAUCCAUAUUGGACGAGGUUGUAUGAAGAUGUACUUUAUCAGAGGGGUUUAAACUGCUACUGUGACUUACUGUGGCAGUUAUACUAACACUGUAGAGAUUGAUUACCUUUGGCCUGGAUUAUCAACCGAGGCACAAGAUUCAGAUAACUGUUAGUUACUGAGACACAAGACCACAGAAACUGGUUACCUGGUGGUCUUGGGUUACUAUUGGUUACCGAGACAAGACCACAGAAACUGGUUACCUGGUGGUCUUAAGUUACCAUUGGUUACCGAAAAAAGACCACAGAAACUGAAUACCUGGUGGCCUUAGGUUACCAUUUGUUACCGAGACAAGACCAUGAGAACUAGUCCUUUAGGUAUUUGAUGAAUUGUUACUAUAUAGUGAGCUGUAUGUGUGUAGGACAGUAUGAUAGAUACACUUGUACACAGGAUGUAACUUCCUUUUGAGCUUUAUUCCUUUGGAAUCUCAGUAAAACCAGAACUUUUGGACUGAAUACAUUAUUAGUUAUACUACAAGUAGUCAAUGACAAUUAAAUGGAUAUUAAAACUUCAUAAAAAGUGUAAUCAUAGCUUCACUUAUAUAUCAAUAAAUUAUAAUUGUGUAUUUAUUUGGAUAUGUAACUGUAGUAUUAAAACCAGUACAUUAUUUUUACAUUAUGAAAUUGAGAAAUCAUUAAAAAGGGAGUAAAAUCAAAUCUCAAAAUCAAAAUAGAUAUUGGAUUGAACUUAAGUCUUAUGUAAUAACUGAGAACAGAGAUAUGUUUGACUAGUAAGUUGUUGAAUGACUCCGUACAGGAAUAACUUUGACUUAUGUGGGAAAAAUGAAUGUAUGCAGCUAUGUGUUACAGCUCUUAGAUAUAUAUUGGGGCAUUGUCAUAUUGUCAGAUACCUGUAAAAUAUCUCACCUUGUAUGUGUUAAAGCCAUUCAUUGGUGUUCACUAAUCAUUACAACGAGGUCCUGAGGUCUAUCACAGGCCUUGUGUUAGUCGGCCAGACUGAGUUUCUACAUUCCUACUAUUAGGCUUGGCUUUGUAAUCAGCCUCAAGUUUAUACCAAAUCAGAAGAUUAGAUAUAUACCUUCUAUUCCACAGUGUCUAAUGAUAUUUAUAACUACUGAUGACUUUCUGACGACUUUCACCCAAGUGUGGCUUUAGACAGGAGCAUUAUACAUAAUAUUCCACACGUACAGUGUCUGAUGAUAAAUAUAACUACUGACGACUUUCCCCAUAGUGGCGCGAGACAGCAGGGGCAUGUAAUAUUUAUUCACUGUGUUAGAAUUCGAAGUCUUCUUGUACUUGAUUGAAGAAUAGUGUUGUGAUGAGCUGCAGGUAUACCAGUACAAUUUAUGAAAUAGUAUUGAUGAAAUUGUGAUUUAUUACACAAAAUUUGGAUGUUCUACACAAAUGUUUGUGAUAUAACAUAAAAAUUCCUGUGAUUUGUGAGAACACUCCUUUAAUAUGUAAGUUGUAGUAGGUAUAUUCACUGUAAGUUCUGUGUGAGAAAACUACCCACAAAGUCAUAUAUCUCAGAGAUACAAUUAUUUACUACAAGUAUAAAGUUUAUAUAGCUCUAUAACUUGUGUAGCUCUCUAGUUAAUGUGUAUACUGGUAAAUAUAUUUAAACGCCAUAUAUGGUACAAUGUGAUUGAGCAAUGAGAUUAUGGUCGACUGUCUAGAUGUCGCGGAUGAGGGUUCUCAUUUAUCGACAAUAGUCUGUGUGUGUCAACAUCUCUUCAGGAUCUAGAUAUAUAUAGAUCUGAUAUUGAAAAUGUUAACGAGAUCUGAAAAUGUUUAAAUGAUAAGUUGAAUUACUCCGCCAUGUAAAUGUUACAGAAGUGAGCAGGGCAAUGGUAGGGAGUAUAUGUAUAUACAUCUCGAGGGAGAGUUGUUUGUACUUUAUAUGAAAGUGAUAUUCGAUUGUACAAUAUUAUGGAGAUAGCUCAUAUUAAUGGUUUUUCAAAUUAAUGAUUUCCUUCUUGAAAAUUAAAUGUAUCAUGCCAGUAAGUUUUUAUGUCAUGUAAAAUAUGGCAAUUAAUUUAUCCACCAAGUGAAAACACCAAAUUGAAUGUUCUUUCCAGCCAGUGUUCACUGAAUACUAACAAACUAUAUAUUUCCUAUGUUAUCUUACUGUGGAGUAACUAAUGAUGGGUUUAGUUAGACUAUUUAUACCCAGGAACGUAUCAUCCACUAUACAUAACUUGUACAUUUUAUAGAAAGUAGGAGAAAUCCUUAACCGGUUAUCGUCAUUAAAAAAUUGUAGCAUUAUUUUGUAAAAAGUAUGCUUUGUGAUAUUUAUUUUACUAAUUUUGCUGGCAGAACAUUAAUUUAAUAUCUGCAAAAGUAUUAUUAUAGAAAUCUUUUUUUAUUAAUGAAUUAGGGAGUAUUUUUGGUUACAUAUCAAUUGUACUGCCACAUUUUUGCACACGUUAAAAUACCACCUAUAUUAUUAUAUAUAUAAUGUUUCUAGUAGAGUUUUUAUUUCUAUAGCACUGCAUCAUACAGGUACACCUGGAAAUCAGAUGGACAGGUUUUCAUUUUAAAGAAAAAUAAUUCUUAAAAUUAAUUUCCAAAUUCCACUGCAAAACACUUUGUUCAUUUUGUAUACACCAAAACAAGAGCAUCCAAAUUGGACAUUGACUAUUCAUGUUUUGUCCAGGUAUAAAACACUGGGUAGGACCAGACGACUUAGUUAUUAAAUGUCUGCCUGUUGAUCUGUGUGGACAGUACAUCUAAUGUCUACCUGUUGAUCUGUGUGUGGACAGUACAUCUAAUGUCUACCUGUUGAUCUGUGUGUGGACCGUACAUCUAAUGUCUACCUGUUGAUCUGUGUGGACAGUACAUCUAAUGUAUACCUGUUGAUCUGUGUGUGGACAGUACAUCUAAUGUCUACCUGUUGAUCUGUGUGUGGACAGUACAUCUAAUGUCUACCUGUUGAUCUGUGUGUGGACAGUACAUCUAAUGUCUACCUGUUGAUCUGUGUGUGGACAGUACAUCUAAUGUCUACCUGUUGAUCUGUGUGUGGACAGUACAUCUAAUGUCUACCUGUUGAUCUGUGUGUGGACAGUACAUCUAAUGUCUACCUGUUGAUCUGUGUGUGGACAGUACAUAUUAUGUCUACCUGUUGAUCUGUGUGGACAGUACAUCUAAUGUCUGCCUGUUGAUCUGUGUGUGGACAGUACAUCUAAUGUCUACCUGUUGAUCUGUGUGGACAGUACAUCUAAUGUCUACCUGUUGAUCUGUGUGUGGACAGUACAUCUAAUGUCUACCUGUUGAUCUGUGUGGACAGUACAUCUAAUGUCUACCUGUUGAUCUGUGUGUGGACAGUACAUCUAAUGUCUGCCUGUUGAUCUGUGUGGACAGUACAUCUAAUGUCUACCUGUUGAUCUGUGUGUGGACAGUACAUCUAAUGUCUGCCUGUUGAUCUGUGUGGACAGUACAUCUAAUGUCUACCUGUUGAUCUGUGUGUGGACAGUACAUCUAAAGUCUACCUGUUGAUCUGUGUGUGGACAGUACAUCUAAUGUCUGCCUGUUGAUCUGUGUGGACAGUACAUCUAAUGUCUACCUGUUGAUCUGUGUGUGGACAGUACAUCUAAUGUCUACCUGUUGAUCUGUGUGUGGACAGUACAUCUAAUGUCUACCUGUUGAUCUGUGUGUGGACAGUACAUCUAAUGUCUACCUGUUGAUCUGUGUGUGGACAGUACAUCUAAUGUCUACCUGUUGAUCUGUGUGUGGACAGAACAUCUAAUGUCUACCUGUUGAUCUGUGUGUGGACAGUACAUCUAAUGUCUACCUGUUGAUCUGUGUGGAAAGUACAUCUAAUGUCUACCUGUUGAUCUGUGUGGACAGUACAUCUAAUGUCUACCUGUUGAUCUAUGUGUGGACCGUACAUCUUAUGUUGUGUACAUGUAAGGCCUGAAAGGCAUGUUAGAUCUGAGGGGUACAAGUGUCUACUGUACACCAAGUCACCACAACUUUUUUUUAAUGGUAUGUUUUUAUUCAUACAAAAGAUGUAAAAAUAGCUUUGCAUAUUUGUGGCUUGCAUGUCAACAACCAAUGUAAUUUUAGUUUUGACACUUAGUCAUAUAUCAUGUGGUCAAUUUCAUUUCAUUGUGUAUAAUUCUAUUUCACAUACAAGUGUAAUGCUCCAAGAUAUUUAAUAGAUAACAAUGUAAAUGGUACAGUGUUUGAAGCAAGACCCAUGCAAUGCGUUCAGAGAAUUCUGCUAUUGUUGCUACUGUUAGGCCUACUCGUUCCUGAAAUAGACCACACACUAGUUCUACUGGUGAUACAGACCACACACUAGUUCUACUGGUGAUACAUAUCACACACUAGUUCUACUGGUGAUACAGACCACACACUACUUCUACUGGUGAUACAGACCACACACUAGUUCUACUGGUGAUACAGACCACACACUAGUUCUACUGGUGAUACAUAUCACACACUAGUUCUACUGGUGAUACAGACCACACACUAGUUCUACUGGUGGUACAGACCACACACUAGUUCUACUGGUGGUACAUGUACAGACCACACACUAGUUCUACUGGUGGUACAUGUACAGACCACACACUAGUUCUACUGGUGGUACAGACCACACACUAGUUCUACUGGUGGUACAGACCACACACUAGUUCUACUGGUGAUACAGACCACACACUAGUUCUACUGGUGAUACAUAUCACACACUAGUUCUACUGGUGAUACAGACCACACACUAGUUCUACUGGUGGUACAGACCACACACUAGUUCUACUGGUGGUACAGACCACACACUAGUUCUACUAGUGAUACAGACCACACACUAGUUCUACUGGUGGUACAGACCACACACUAGUUCUACUGGUGGUACAGACCACACACUAGUUCUACUGGUGAUACAGACCACACACUAGUUCUACUGGUGGUACAGACCACACACUAGUUCUACUGGUGGUACAGACCACACACUAGUUCUACUGGUGGUGUUACUGUCCAUUUCUAGAGACUGAACACUACCAAUAUCUGGCAUACCUGGCUGUUAUCACUCCUUUGGAAUUUUUUCUCUCCAUUUUUAACAACUGUGUAUCUAAUAUUGAAAAUGGGGGACUUUCUGUUAAAAUCACUGAAUGUGAACUUGGUUCAAUAUGCAUAAGUGAAUUAAAAUAUGACAAGCAAUACAAUUUGGAUCGUGUUUUAGUGAAAUGACUGAUCUGGUGAUUGAUAGGAGUGACCGAGUGUAACAUUAGCAAUCCUGUGUUGGCCAAAUCAUCUUAUCACACUGUUAUGUGUCUGUCACAUAGCUGUGUUGUGAUAAAACUUUCAUUGAUUUGUAACAUUCCAACGUAUAUAUAACUGUAUAUUUCUACAUAAAGAUUAAUAUCUUGCCA